AUGCCAUUCCAUUUAAAAAAAAAUUCAAGAAGCCUCUAAAUGGAUAGAAGCUGGGAGUACAAAUAUACAGUAAUGAUGAACAUAAAUGUUAAUAAUGUACUUUACUAGUAAGUAUUUCCUCUGAUUUUAAAUUGAGAUAACAUAUUAAUUAAUAAAAAUAAUUAAUAACAUGACAUACUAUGAUAUUUAUAUUUUAAUUUAAAAAAAAAAUAAUUAAUUCAAAAGGUAAAAUAUGAUUUUUUUUUUAUCUCUAUUAAAUAAUAUUUAUAUUUUAAUUUGAAUAAAAAGUAAUUAAUAUAAAGUGAAAAAUAUAAUUUUUUUUUAUUUUAUCUUGGAAAAAGAUAAGUAAAAUGAGAAAUUAAAUUAAAAAAUUUGGAGCGAAUAAUUAGGGACGGAGGAAGUAUGAGAUAAAUGCAAGUGGUAUCUUCUUGAAUUGUACAAUGAGCUGACCAUGAUUCAUGACUAAUCAAACAAGUAAAGCCAACCAUAUGACUAUCAUAAUUGAUCUAUUCAAGAAAAAUAAUUUACAAUACCAAUACACAGAACUUUCACCACAUGUGAAAUGAGAUAAGUCCUAUGAUCAAACCAAAACACAAAGUUUCAUCAUAACCCCACUUCAAAAUGUUCAUUAUUAGGGAACCCCCAAAUCAAGAAACAACAGUUUUUCACUUAUAAAAGUUUGAAAAAUUUAUUAUACUUUUUGUUCUUUUUUUUUUUUCUGAGAAGGAAUCAAUUGGUGAUCUUUAAGGGUGUAAUAAAGUUCUAAUCUUUUGCAAGUUUAUCAAGAAAAAGGUGGAAUCUUUACUUUGUUUAUUAGUAAAAGUUGUAGUUUCUGUGCUAGUUUAUACUUUGUUUACUAGUAUAUUUGGAAUUUUGACUAGUAUUUUGGGGGUGAAAAAUUGCUUGUGAGGUAUAAAGUUGCAAUAUUUUGCAAGUUUAUACUUUAUUUACCAGUGAAGUUGGAAUUUUGACUAAUAUUUUGGGGUUGAAAAAUUGCUUGUGAGGGAUAACGUUGCAAUAUUUUGCAAGUUUAUACUUUGUUUACCAGUGAAGUUGGAAUUUUGAAUAAUAUUUUGGGGGUGAAAAAUUGCUUGUGAGGGAUAAAGUUGCAAUAUUUUGCAAGUUUAUACUUUGUUUACUAGUGAAGUUGGAAUUUUGACUAGUAUUUUGGGGGGUGAAAAAUUGCUUGUGAGGGAUAAACUUCAAAUCUUUUGCAAGUCUAUCAAGGAAAAAGGUGGAAUCUAUACUUUUUUUACUAGUAAAAUUUCAAGUUCUGUGCAAGGUUUUACUUUGUUUACCAGUAAAGUUGGAAAUUUUUACUAGUAUUUUGGGGGUUAAAAUGGCUUGUGAAGGUAGAUAUACGUGAAGUUAAGGGGAUAAUUUGCAAGUUUAUUAGGAAAAAGGUGGAAUCCUUACCUUUUCUUUGUUUACUAGUAAAGUUGGGAACUUUUACUAAUAUUUUGGGUUGAAAAUGGCUUGUGAAGGUAGCUAUAUGUGGAGUUAAGGGGAUAAAGUUCAAAUCUUGUGCAAGUUUAUUAGGAAAAAGGUUGAAUCUUUACCUUGUUUGCUAGUAAGUUACAGUAUUUGUGCAAGUUUAUACUUUAUAGUAUUUUGGGGUUUAAAAAUGGCUUGUGAAGGUAGAUAUGUGUGGAGUUUGAGUGGUAUUGUGGGAGCUUUUGUUGAUCUUUCUAUAGCAUAUUUCUUGCUUUGUGCAGCAACAGUAGCUUUUUUAGCAUCAAAGUUUCUUGGUUUUUUCGGUUUGAGCUUGCCAUGUCCUUGUGAUGGACUUCUUUUUGGUACUGUUGCAAAUGGGAAUUUAUGUUUUCAUAGGCUCUUGAUUGACUUACCAGCUGAGAAAGUGUCUAAUGUCCAACUUUCUAUAAAAGCAAACUACCCCUUCAAUGAUAGUACUAUUGUGGGGAAAGACCAGAAUUGUGAGUUGAAUUGGAGAUUAAUUGGUCAUGAAAAGGAGAAUAGUCCUCAUGGGUAUCUUGAAAUGGGUGAUGAGGCUUCAUGUAGUUCGGUCUCAGAUGAAAGAAAGUCGUGUAAUGUUGAUAUGAUUGAGUUAAGUCCAAGAAAUGAAUUUGGGAUAAAGGGGAAAGGGGUGAUGAGUCAGAGAGAAAGAGGAGGGAUUCGUCGAAGAAGGCGUAAAACAGAUGCUGAUUAUGGGAGGUCUUCGUCAGCUUCAUCGUGUGAUCCUCCAUGUGAAGAGUUUCCACUAGGUCCUCCAUCUCCUCCUAGUACUAAUAAAGAAGAUGGUGGCCACCCUCCGCUGGUUAUGAGAUUAGGUCACAGAGACAGCUUUGUAUUGAAUGGAUUUUCUGAUGAAGUUGAGCACAUCGGAAAGAACUUUGCAUCCUUUGAAGAGCUGAAACAUGAAGGUGAACUGAGUUCCAGUUUCGAUGAACAAAACAGAAUAAGGCUCUUGGAACGAGCUUUAGAACGUGAACAAGAAGCUCGAGAUGCUCUUCGCCUUGAACUUGAGAAGGAAAGAAAUGCUGCCGCAUCUGCUGCAGAUGAGGCUAUGGCUAUGAUCUUACGUCUACAAGAGGAAAAGGCAUCUAUUGAAAUGGAUGCCCGUCAAUAUCAGAGAUUAGUUGAAGAGAAAUCUGCUUUUGAAGCCGAGGAAAUGAACAUUCUAACGGAGAUCCUGGUGCGGACUGAAAGGGAGAAACACUUUUUGGAGAAAGAAGUUGAAGUGUAUAGGCAGAUGACUUUUGUUGGAAAUGAAGAAUCAACAGUUGAUAGUGGGAAUUUGGUGGAUGCUCUAAGACGUCCUGAUGCUUUGUGUGAUCCUAACGAGGAUCCAGUUCUUAUGCUUCAUCAGAUCAACGCAUCUUUUAACAAGAGGACUGUUGCAGAAAAUAGAAACUCUGAGGAGGUCACUUCUCGUGAUAGUCAAAAUUAUGUUGAUUUGGGAGGAGAGGUACUGAUUCAAAGACAAAAUAAAGAUGUCAGCUCCCAGAAGCGAGUUGACUUAGCCGAGCAUUCUUGUAGCAGCCAAGAAUUUCAGGAGAAAGAGAUGGUGUUUAUGGUUAACCACUCUGAUGUGCCACCAGGGAAUGGGAAAAUACUUGAUACAUCCACGAAACCCCAUGAGACAGGUCUUCCGAAACAGAAGCUUACUGAUCAUGCCAUUUCUCUAGAAAGGGAAGUGCUAAAAGAAAAUGCAGAUAUGGGAACAUGUGACAGAGCUCGUAUUGAUGUUUCUGGAAAAGAAAAGUGUUUAAAGUAUGAGGGAUCAGAAUGUCCAUGUAAUUUGACCGUAGAUAAAGAGCCUCAUGUCCAUGAUAUUCAUGUCAUUGUCGAUGGUUCCAACUUUUGCAAUGAUGUCAAUAGUGGUGAAUCUAGGAAGAGUGCAUUAGAAUUUUCUGGAAAAACUAGUCUCCCUAUUGAAGCUUCUCCUACACAGGAUGUUAUUAGAGACCAUCCAAGUACUAGUGCGUCGUGUACCCAAGUGGAUCUUAAAACCAGUGCAGACACUACUUCUGGGCUUCCACCAGUGAGCUCACGUGGUAAACCUUCUCUAUGUGAUUUGAGGGGAAAUUCCAUGUCCUCAGUAGACAAUGAAAGGCUGAAAAUUGAUACUGAAGUGGGGUGGCUUCGAGAGAGGUUAAAGAUUGUGCAAGAGGGGAGAGAGAAACUUGACUUGACUGCAGAGCAUAUAGAAAGAGAAAAGACGCAGUUAAAGCUUUUGGAGGAUAUAGCACGCCAGCUUCACGAGAUUCAGCUGCUUAAUGAACCUGAGAAGGCUGUACGACAGGCUUCCUUGCCCCUGCCAGCCUCUAAGGGCAUGUCAAAGAAAAGGCGUUCUCGAAGUGUUUCUGUAGGAAUGCAACAAAGAUCUUGAGGGGUUCAAACAGUUCGGAGCUCGGAGUUCCCAGUACUGAGCCUCAAAACUGCCAUCAUAUUUGCUUGGAUCUGGGGAAGACGGUCCAAAUAAUACCUUGUAUUGUUCUUUUAAGAGGUGUUGUGCAGUUAUUUGGAACCAAGUUUUGGCCGGAACGGCCUUUCCAAAACCUGCAGCUGAUGAUAUUAAAGUGCAACUGCUGAGGACAAGCUGGGGUUAAUCCUCUAAUGGAUAAGAAGAAAGGUUAUGACUAAGAAGGCACACAAUUGUUAGCGUACGGCUGGUAACAAUUAUCCACUCACGUUAUUUUGUUGGUCUCUAUCCGGUGUUCAAACGUAAGGUCCCAGUUGUUUAAAACUCUGUUGUAUCUUCCAUCUUUUUGUGGUCGUUAGAUGGUAAAGCACUGAAUGUUAGCUACUUGUACAGAAACUUACAUAUUUUCUUUCUAAUAGUAUAUUAGCGUACA